AUGAAAGAAAAAUCCAGCGUUCCUGAGAGCAAUAACCCCCGAGAGAGUUAUGUUGAGGGUGUGGAUCCCCAACCACCUGCGGAUGUGUUUUCCCAGGAAAUCACCAAGACAGUGAAUGUCUUGGUGAAUGACGAAUUAAAUGUAGGCGCUAAUACACUUGAUCUGGUUACACCUCCAAAGUCAGCUUCGGAGGUGGUCAAGUUGCCAACGCUAGAAUCUAAUAGAUUCUUGCGAUAUCUGCGUAGUGACAAGAUCAAGCAGAUCUGCGUACUCGUCACAGAGGACGCGUACAUCGCCGAUAUUCGGUCGGCACAAGUGUUUGCUGAGAACAAACGGGUUUUCAGCAGCUCAUGA